AAAUCACACUUCCAAACAGUAACUGUACCAAUAACAAUCAGCCAAUGGUGUAUCUUUGGUAGUCCGAGAUUCUUGAAGAAACCAAGAUGGAAGUGAAAGCAAGAGCUCCAGGAAAAAUAAUUCUUUCUGGUGAACAUGCAGUUGUUCAUGGAUCCGCUGCUGUUGCUGCGUCCAUUGAUCUAUACACCUAUGUUUCCAUUCAAGUUCUCCCUUCCACUGAGAAUGAUGAUAGACUGACACUCCAGCUCAAGGAUAUGGCUUUAGCAUUUUCUUGGCCAAUUGGAAGAAUCAAAGAAUCACUAUCUAGCUUAGGAGGCCCUUUCCCUUCAACCCCGACGUCCUGCUCAACAGCAUCAAUGAAAUUAAUUUUAGCUUUGGUUGAAGAACAAAAUAUUCCGGAGGCAAAAAUUUCUCUUGCUUCUGGAGUGACAGCUUUUUUGUGGCUAUACACAUCUAUCCUAGGAUUUAAACCUGCCACUGUAGUCGUCACUUCUGAACUUCCACUCGGUUCUGGACUGGGCUCAUCUGCUGCCCUUUGUGUUGCAUUCUCAGCAGCUCUUCUUGCUUGCUCAGACUCUGUAAACGUGGACAUGAAACAACAAGGGUGGUUAAUUGUUGGGGAGUCUGAGCUUGAAUUAUUGAACAAAUGGGCUUUUGAAGGUGAAAAGCUAAUUCAUGGAAAGCCAUCUGGGAUUGACAACACUGUUAGCACAUAUGGCAAUAUGAUCAAGUUCAAAUCAGGUAAUUUAACACGUAUCAAGUCCAGCAUGCCCCUCAAAAUGCUCAUUACUAACACAAAAGUUGGGAGGAACACAAAAGCAUUGGUUGCUGGAGUUUCAGAAAGAACCUUAAGACACCCUGAUGCCAUGAAUUCUGUUUUUAAUGCUGUUGAUUCCAUCAGUAAGGAAUUGGCUAAUGUCAUCCAGACACCUGCUCCAGAUGAUCUGUCCCUGACUGCGAAGGAAGAGAAGUUGGAAGAGUUAAUGGAAAUGAAUCAAGGUUUGCUUCAAUGCAUGGGGGUAAGCCAUGCUUCUAUAGAAACUGUUCUUCGAACAACAUUGAAAUACAAGUUAGCUUCGAAGUUGACUGGAGCUGGAGGUGGCGGCUGUGUGCUGACAUUGUUGCCAACCUUACUGUCAGGAACAAUUGUAGAUAGAGUAAUUGCUGAGCUGGAGUCUUGUGGAUUCCAAUGUUUGAUUGCUGGAAUUGGCGGGAAUGGUGCUGAGAUUUGCUUCGGUGCUUCAUCCUGAUUAUAGGAAGUGCUAGUAAACCAAGAGUAAGAUCUGAUCUCUAAUGUUAAUUUCCAAAAUAAAAACUUGAAAAUGGAUGUUUUGGUGUUCAAUAUCAUCAUCCAUGUUUACUGUACAUUAGGUUGUUGCUGUAUUCUUUUUCCUUUUUGGAUUUAGUUUAAACUUCUUUGAUGUUUUGGGAUCAUUCAUCUUCUUUCCUGCCAAUGUUUGUGGCAGAUAAAGAAACUCCCAAAAACUUUGGUUUCUUUGUUGAUGCUUACUCUUUUUUUUUUUUUCCCAUGCAUAAGCUAUCAUUGUAAGCCCCAUCAUCAGUAAGUGAACUUGUUCGUUCUUAAUAAAGGUUGGCAAAAUGAUAGUAUCCAA